UCAAAAAAAUACAAAUAGAGGGGCCGAUUCCCGAGUCAAAAUUUGUUUCAAAAUUUUCGACAGCAUUGCAAAAAGAGACGAAAGAGUCCAAAAGUUCGGUCCAGUAAAGAGUGCAGUGCAAGCCGUCCGUAUCCUUAUAGUGAUCCUUUAAAAAUCCGGUUUAAGCGCAUUAAUCAUUUAUCACCGAGAAAUUAGACAGUGAAGCUCGAAGGUUUCUUCUAAAGCCACUGCGAGUUAUCCAGGACUUAUGAGCUCAAUAAAUUUGAAAGUAAGAAGAAAAGCAGUAAGUCAUCGCAGGUAUCAAAAGCUACAAAAAACCCAGGCACCAAUAAAAACAAACUAUCGACUAUUCAUCGAUGAAGUUUUCUGUGGAAGCAGAGGCCUAAGAAAUAAAUGUCAAUAGUAAAAUCAGUCUGACGUUAACGAAGGCACGCAGCAUUAACAGCUCCCAAAAACAAAAAAUAAUAAAAAAUAGAAAAACUAUAAAAACUAUAAAAAGAGAGAAGGGAAUUAAUAAGCCAAGAACUGAAGAGGUUAGCACUUGUAAUAAAGAAAACCUUGCAGCAUAAACAUAUACAUUUAAAUUGGAAGAGAAAGUACCAAAAAAUUCAACUAGUUCGCAGGACUAGCAAGCGUUUUAGGGGGAAACCAAGAAGAUCAGCUUGCAAGGAAUUUUCGCAGGCUACUCCCAGCUGCAAACCGAAUUUCGCUUGGCCAAGAAUCAGGGUGAAGUCCCUGAAAAAUCAGCACCAACGGCUUCCCAGGCGUUAGUACGCUCCGGCCCGGACAACGUUGCCGCGGCUCGUAAAACCGAGGCGAUGGCGGAGGUCCUCAAUCUGGAUAGCAUCAUAGCCCGACUGCUCGAGGUCCGCGGUGCCCGUCCCGGCAAGAAUGUCCAGUUGUCCGAGGGUGAGAUCAGAGGCCUCUGCCUGAAGUCCCGCGAGAUCCUGAUGGCCCAGCCCAUUCUGCUCGAACUGGAGGCUCCUCUCAAGAUCUGCGGCGACAUCCACGGCCAGUACUACGAUCUAUUGCGCCUCUUCGAAUACGGUGGCUAUCCCCCGGAAUCGAAUUACCUUUUCCUCGGAGAUUACGUGGACAGAGGCAAACAAUCGCUGGAAACCAUCUGCCUACUGUUGGCUUACAAGAUCAAGUAUUCGGAGAACUUCUUCUUGCUGCGCGGCAAUCACGAGUGUGCCAGUAUCAAUCGCAUUUACGGAUUCUACGACGAGUGCAAGCGUCGCUAUACCAUUAAGCUGUGGAAGACCUUCACGGAUUGCUUCAACUGUCUGCCCGUGGUGGCGAUUGUCGACGAGAAGAUCUUCUGCUGUCACGGCGGACUGAGUCCGGACUUGACUUCGAUGGAGCAGAUACGCCGGAUAAUGCGACCCACCGAUGUCCCGGAUCAGGGACUGCUGUGCGAUCUCCUUUGGUCCGAUCCGGAUAAGGAUACCAUCGGUUGGGGCGAGAACGAUCGCGGGGUGAGCUUCACCUUUGGCGCCGAGGUGGUGGGAAAGUUCCUGCAGAAGCACGAUCUGGAUCUGAUUUGCCGGGCCCAUCAGGUUGUGGAGGAUGGCUACGAGUUCUUUGCCAAGCGCCAGUUGGUCACCCUCUUCUCGGCGCCCAAUUAUUGUGGGGAGUUCGACAAUGCCGGUGCCAUGAUGUCCGUGGACGAUACGCUGAUGUGCUCCUUCCAGAUCCUGAAACCCGUCGAAAAGCGCAAGAAGUAAACAAGUUUGAGAGGUCUUAUCUGCCAUAUCAACACGACAUCUCCACCAAUCUAUCUUCUCCACUAUAUCUUAUCCACUGUUACACUUGCCUACAUAACAACUGAACCACAAUUAAAACACCACUGUAAUAGAACCACUGUAACAGCACCACUAUAUCGACACCACUUCAUCCACAUCAUCCGACAUCGAGCGGAAUCGAAAUCAUUAUUGCUGGACUUGUCGUCAACUGGAUCGAACAAAUGCCCCGACUUUAAACACGACUAUGGAAUUCGUUGUAACAGUUAACUUAAUCCACGCUUUGCUUGUUUAUAAAGAUUCUCUCGAGUUUA